GGGAAAAAGAAUGGUUCAUAUAAUUAGUUUCCGCUCUCGCUCUCGCCCUCGCCCCCGCCUCUCCCACCUCACCACCGCACCUCCACCUCCCCACUGCUCCGGCGCUCCUCCACCACCUCCCCUCCGUCGCUAGCAGCCACCACAUCUCCGCCGCAGAGGUGCGCCUCGGGGGCAACCGCGCAGGGGCCACUUCCUCUGCGCCGGGCGUCAGAUCUGACGGAGGCCGGGUUUGGGGUUGCGCUCCGGAUCUCACCGGAGAGGGCUGAGAUCUCUCCACUCGGCCCGCUCGUGAGAUCAACCCAUGGCGAAUCAAGGAGAUGGGGGAAGAGUGGCCUCAGAUCAAGAGAUCGAGAGACUGCUGGAGGAGACGCGGAGGCUGCAAAGGGCGGCGACGAGGGCAGCCAGGGAUGCGGUGAUCUCUGCGGGUCGCGUUCGAGAUGCUCGGCUUUACUUGGCCCUAAGGGCGAUGUCGAAGAUCAAGGAGAGAGGGACAGGCUCUUCGCCAGAGGUCAACCUCUUACUGCAGAUCUCAUUCUGGAUUGGGCGAUGGAGGAAGCUGCUUCGACCUCCCGAGCGCAGAGGAGGAAAUGGAGGGUGUUCAGGGCGCUGCAGGUGGAAGAGCAGUGACGGAUUUUCAAUCUCAGAGGGAGCCGCAGAUUAGUUUGGAUUUGCAGGAUGAUGGAGGAUUCGUUUUCUCUCUGGUGGUCAGGGCAAGCCUGAGAGCUGCCGAGUCACCCUCGCUGAUCUGCGGCGACAGCGAUCAAUCCUUCCAGCCUUGCCGUCCCCCUCACUGGAUUCGGAUCACCGAUAAGGGAAGAGGGGCUCAGAGAGGGAAAAGGGGGAGGAAUUUGAAUUCCAUACGCUGUCUGGGAAACGCAUUUCCCCUUUCCGCCUUCCCUAAGACAAUCACAGAAAGUAGCAGCGGGGUUGACAUCACCUUUUUCAGCCAGCUGUGGGAGGCAGAUUAUAGGGUUCCCACCCCGCCGCCAGCCACCACAUCCGCAGAAGGCACCGACCAAAAUUUCGAGGGAGAGGCCAUGGCUGAGCAAGGGACAGGGAGGGGGAAAUCCAAGAACAAGAGUGGACGGGGAGGGAGCAGCAAUCCACGGCCCCCUGGUUGGGGGCUUGAUCAGAAUCCUUCCCCCCAAUUCAAAUUCCCGUUCGGAUACCCAACUCCACCAUGGGGUUUCCCGAAUCAGCUCCCAGGAAAUUAUCCUCCACCACCAGGACAAUGGCAAGGCCCUCCACCCCCGUGGGCUGCGCAGCAACAAGGGUUUGGAUUUGGAGGUCUGGGAGGCAUUCCACCGCCAGGGCCAGGAAUCCAGGUUCAGCAACCCCAAUCGCAAGCGCAGAUGGGCGGACAGGGGCAGCAAAAUUUCCCCAAAGGGCAACCAAACCCUGCAGGCCAACAGAAGCAACAACAACAGAGAGGUCCGAGCAAGCAAGCAGCAAAGAGAUCUGCGAAAACCCUGCUCGACGUUGCGGCAGAUCUGAAAGCUUACUCUGCUGAUAUCUGCCUCAACUGUGGAGAUCCUGGUCACCCAGCUGUGGACUGUGCUAAGCCCAAAUCCUGCCAAAUCUGCAAGAUGAUCUCUCAUGCUGCUGAUGUAUGCCCAGUGAGGAAGCAACCGCACCAGACAGCAAGAUACAUUGGAAGCGCGGCCCCUGGACUUGGCUUCUACCAUGUGGAGCUGCCUGAUGUCAAUGCUCAGAGGAUUGGGACACUGCAAAACAUUGGAAUCGUCCAUGUGGAGGAGGGCGGCAUUGCAAAAGAGGAAUUAGCUGCAGAAUUCACCAUCAUCUACAAAACUAGAUGGCCAUGGCAGAUCAGGUCAUUAGAUGAAUGGUCCUUCCUAGUUAAGUUUCCUCCUGAGAUUCCUGUUACUCAGGUAGCCGGAUACCCCUGCUUUGGGCUCUCAAAAGAAGGGGUCACAGUAAAUGUAGAGGAAUGGAAUGGAAAGGUAGAGGCUCAAGCUGAGGGUCAACAAGUGUGGGUCAGGCUCCUGAGUAUGAAUCCCAAGUGGUGUGAAUGGGCUGUCCUAGACCAGAUUGCCUCAGUUUUUGGGCUCUUGGUUGAUGUAGACUGGGAACACAUGUUCAAAACCUUCUAUGAAUUAAUCAGGAUCAAAGUGGUGUGUAAAGACAGUAGUAGGAUCCCUCUAGAAAGGCUCUUCUUCCUGGAUGGGGAAUUCUACAUGAUAGGGAUAGAAGUAGAACCAAACACUGAUCAGGGGGCUCUGUGAUGAACAACCAAGCUCCUACCAGUGACAUUACCAAAGAUGCUCCUGGCACUGACAAGAGCCAAAGCUCAAAAAACUCUGACAAUGGCUCUGAUAAAGGAUCCAGGACAAGCACCUCCUCACUAACCUCACUUGGGAGGGGGGUUGGAACCCAGAUUGGAAAUCAAUGUGGACUACCAGGGGCAGGAAUGGAGGGUGAAAUGCUUGCUUCACCAACUAGGCUGAUGGACAGUGUGCCACCUCCGCUACAUGAAGCUAGGAGGGAGCUUCUUGAUCUCAUCACCAAAGAUCUGCCAGAUGAAGAGCAAUGCUUCAACCUGCUUAGAGACAUGGACCUGGUUGAUGACACUGGGCACUACAACUAUGAUAUAGCUGACUGUGAAGUGGCUGAGGGUGAAGACACUCUUCAAGAUCUCUCGGAUUCAGGGGCUCCAAGGCCAAGACCAAGAGACUGUUCCACACACAACACAACCACUUAAAGAGAAGAAGAAAUGGGGGCCAGUUCCUGUUACCAGAGACAACGAGAGGGUUGAUACAGGGGGGAGAACCAUCUUGGAGAGGGCUCAGAAGCUCAAAGAGGUUCAAAACCUGGAAAAACCUAAAAGCAAAGAUAGGGUGGAGCAUCCUGCAGGCGCUAAGAUCAUGGAUGAUACUUCUGCCCAGCAACAAAGAGAGCUGGGAGCCUUUUUGAAUCACCUGCUGCAUUACCUCAAACAGCCUCUGAGGAUAAAAAGUGGAUAACCUCUCUGGACACGCAAGCUUGCUUGGGGGGUCUCAGUCUGUCAGACGAUGAAGGACCGGCGUCCCCUACCAGCGAGAAGAAGACAGGGAAGCACAACAUCAUCAGCCCAAUCUCAGUUCUGGAGAUGGGGGUGUGGUCUCCAUCACCCGGGGCGGCGCCGAUGAAAAGGGUCAAGAAGAUGAUGUCCACGGGCUCAGUGAAACCGAAGCUGCAGAUCGCGAUGUAAUUCGUCUCUAGUUCACCUUCGGUUGCCUGCGAGCAACUCUCAUUCGAAUAGUUUGUUUUUAUCUUCCUAGUUUCUUGUUUGCCUUCUGGUACAUGCUGGACAUGACAUUUUCGGACCUAUCUGGUUUCAUUCUGAGUAAUGGAACUAGAAAAUGACUGAUAAAUAUAUUCCUAAACGAAUAUCACAUAACUUUUGUA